GGGGCUCGGCUGCUGCCACCAGGGGAUGCGGGCUGUAACCGGGGGAGCGAGCACCGUGGCCGGUUAGUUUUGCUCCGCUUAUGGCCGCAGCUUGGCUCCGGUUCGUGUGGCCGCUGCUGGCGCUCUGUGUCCGGCUUCACGCGUCAGAAAACCCGCGACCUGGCUUGGACUUGCUCCUCCCGUACUCUCACGGUCAUGGUCCUUCCCACUCCCACCGCUACGUCAGAGACUGUCAGCCUGUGGUCCAUGGGAACAGCACCCAUGAGACGUGGAGGUCCGACUCUAGUGAAGGAGAAGAGGCCCAGUCUGCUGUGUUUGUUAGCGAUGUGAAGGAGUCCUCUCCUCUGCGCUGGGUCUACGGUCACAUGACUGUAGUGCAGGACCCCCUGAGGACCCUCUCAGUGGUGGAGCCCGGAGGAGUGGGCGGCUGUGGGCGGAACCAUGUGACCCCAGUAGAGCUGACGGCCCAAUCAGGAGGCUGCAUUUAUGCCCAGAACGCGGGCUUUUUCAACACCAGCAAGGGGCAGUGUCUGGGAAACGUAGUGAGCGAGGGGCGUGUGGUGAGGAGCACCGGAGUCCAGAACGCUCAGUUUGGGAUCAGGAGAGAUGGCAGCCUUGUGUUUGGGUAUCUUUCUCAGGAGGAGGUUCUGGACCAGAGGAACCCUUUUGUGCAGUUGGUCAGUGGAGUGGUGUGGCUACUGAGAGACGGACAAGUUUAUAUCAACCAAAGUCUGCAGGCCGAAUGUGACAAAACCCAAGAGACUGGAGCAUUUCAUCACUUUGUGGAUGUCAUUUCCGCUCGCACAGCAGUGGGACAUGAUGUUCAGGGCAGAGUGGUGCUGGUUCACAUCGAUGGACAGACUGGAGUCAGAGGAAUGAAUCUGUGGGAAAUGGCCGACUUUCUGAAGAAGAACGGAGUCAUAAACGCCAUAAACCUGGAUGGAGGCGGAUCCUCCACGUUUGUGAAGAAUGGAGCCUUGGCCAGCUACCCCUCUGACCACUGUGUACCAGAGAACAGGUGGCGCUGUGCCCGAGCUGUCUCUACUGUGCUGUGUGUGCACCCCCGUCGCUGUGAGGUGAACUGCAGUAAACACGGCCGCUGUGUAUCCGGUCGUUGUGAGUGUGAACGCGGCUGGAGCGGAGAGAGCUGUGAGAGAGCAGAGUGUGAGACGGAGGGCUGCGGGCGCCACGGGAUCUGUACUCAGGACGGCUGUGUGUGCGAUGCUGGAUGGACCGGACACAAGUGCAGCCAAGAGUGUCCCUCUGGUCGCUAUGGUGAUGGCUGUAAUCAAACCUGCACCUGUCUGAGGGGCACCUGUCACCCGGUGCAUGGACUGUGCACCUGUCCUCCUGGAUUCACCGGGAACAUGUGUGAAAACGUGUGUCCGUUGGGCUCAUUCGGCUCGUCCUGCUCUGAGUUGUGUAACUGUUCAGACUCCUGCUUUUGUGACCCUCAGAGCGGACACUGCAACGCCUCUAUCACCCCAGAGACCAAUACUACACUGCACACAGUGGGGCAGUGUGUGGCCAAUCAGAUGUUUCGUUCCUGGAGACGAGACGAGAGGUCUGCACUGGAGCUGCGAUACCUGUCCGAGCGUUCGUGGCUGAUCAUCGUCAUCUCCCUCCUCCUCCUCUUUCUCUUCCUCAGUCUGUCUCUGCACCUCUUGAGCUUCUGCAGGUCAUCCUCUCUCUCCUCUGUCGUUGAUCGGCCAUAUUCCUACGUCCCUCUCCACGACAUCAACGGCUCCAUCGCCGAGGGUGAGGCAGGUAAAACCAGAGCUGACUCGGACUCAGAGGACGAGGUCUGGACCCCGCACUCCGUCAGAUGACACGCAGCAACACUCUGGUCUCUUUUAAUGUGUGUCUGUGACACAUGAGCUAAGGAACAACUCAUCUCAUCUUUUAUCUGAGUAGAGAAAGACCACAUCAAAUGGACAUCAGCAGUGACCAGGCCUCCCCUGCCUCCCCUGCCUCAAGUAAAUGUCCCAUUCAUUUUUCCCAUAGAUUUUCAGAAAAAAAAGUAUUUGUCCCAGAAUGGGGAAAUUACAAUGUUGCAACGCACAGUUCAAGAGAAUAGGAAUGAUACAAAAAUGAUACACUAUGCAAGUAUAGUAAAAUCAAAUAAAAACUCACUAUUACAAGACCUAUAAGUGUAUUUCAGGUCUGUUUUUGAAUCUUUAUAACCGCUGAAUCCGGGGUUGUCAAACUUCUCACCCCAAGUACCACCAAAUAAAGAGAAUACAAGAGCCACCAGACCUAAACCAGGUCUACAACAGGACUGAUCCAGGCCUAAACUGGGUGUAAAAUUGGGCUACAUCAUUGCUACAGAACCUAUACCUAGAGAUCGACCAAUAUGUUUUUUUUUUUUUUAAUGGCCGAUGCGAUACAAUUGUUUUAGAAUCCAGAGCAACCGAAGCUCUGCCGAUAUUUUUUGCCCGAUUUAUUUUGGGCAUUUCCCCCAAAUGAUCUCACUUGAAUGUACUACAAACUGACCCACAACCUUGUUUUACUACAAAUAUAAUAUAGAGCUGUGUAGACACAUUUUGUGCAGUGCCCUCUUCGUUCCAAAGUGUUCAAAUAAAGCUUUAUGCUUAAGCAACCAAAGUAAAAGAUCGACUUCUGCUGGAGAUUUAAGAUUUAAAGCCCAUAUGCAAAAAAGUGCAAAUAUCGGCCAGAUAUAUGAGUCCGCUGAUAUCUCAGUCUGUCUCUACCUUUAACCAUGAAAUUACCCAAAGGAGGACCAAACACAGAUACAUUUUACUCUAAAUGAAGCAAACAUUAGAAUUGUAGAGGAGCUUGCGUGCCACCAGUGGUACAUGCUCCGCAGUUUGAGAAACCCUGCGCUAAGUUUUAAUUGUGGUUUUUGGACUGAAAACAACCGUGUCAUGGGCCUUAAUUACCAACACUGGUUAGUCUCCGCCUUUAAACUCCUGUUAUUUGAAGUUUAUGGUAAAAAAUGAAUGGGACGUUUACCACAGCAGUGGGCAGGACUGUGAGCGCUGAGUACUUGGUCAAAAAAAUAUUCAAUUAACUGCCACAGAAGAGACAAAACCUGGAUUCAAGAGAAGUCUAUGGGUCUAUGGAAGCGCCGAUGAAGAUGUGCUCAAAUCACACAAGUCUGGAGGCCAAGGAUCUGAAUAUUUCAACAUCAGGACAAUAGUGAUGAGUUUACAGAUGUUUAUCUCAUCCCCACACACUGCAGGACCAAAAGUGUUUGGUUUAGUCCUGGUUUAGUCUUGGUUUAGUCCCGGUUUAGUUCUCAUUUAGUUCUCAUUUAGUUCUCAUUUAGUUCUCAUUUAGUUCUCUUUUAGUUCUCUUUUAGUUCUCUUUUAGUUCUCUUUUAGUUCUCUUUUAGUCCUGGUUUAGUUCUUUUUGUUUUCGGUUUAUUCCUGGUUUAAGCCAGGCCUACACAGAAGAGGUGGAUUUUUUUUUAAAUCUUAAAGAACAUAUAUUACACAAAAUUGACUCCUGUUAGUUUAAAACCAUGUUCUAAUGUUGUUACCUCCUCAAAAACAGACCUGGAGUUGUGUUUUGUUUCAUUCACACAUGUUUGAGUAACACUUCAUUAUUAGUCUGUCUACAUAUCGAAAGCUCAAAAUGCGAUGUUCCACCUUGUGGUGUCAUGAAGUGGUAGUUUUCAAAUUAAAUUUUCAAAUUUUACUUUUUGUUUUGUUUAGUUCAGUAGACAUGGGCAAUUUCAGGGCUGAAAUGAUUCUAAUGAAGCUGUGGAGUGAAAAAAACACAGUGGAGCACUUUGUAUAUUACCACAUGACAUCACAAGGUGAAACGGAGAGAAGAACUCAGCCUAAAUAUGCCGAGUUUGUGUGUUAAACCUGUUUAAAUGAAAGAAAACACAACUCCAGGUCUGUUUGUGAUGAGGAAACUAUAUUAUAACAGAGAUCAGAGAAUAGUGUAAUAUGGGCCUUUUAAUCCAGGCCUGUGCAGAGGGGUGGUUAAACUUUUUAUCUUUAAAAAGCACUAAUAGCUGUACAGUCACAAGCCAGCAUUAACCAACAGUUUUUCAGUGAGUCACUCUCACCUUUUUGUGUAAAAUCAAACUCCUAAACAGGACCAUGAACACUCGGACUGAUCACAGGCUCCUGAAAAUGUGCUCUUUAAAUACAUUUUGUAUUUUUUUCUUGAGUUUUCAGAUCUUAAAACUAUUUUCAAUGUGUUUGCUAAUGUGUGCAUUGCGUCUCCAUGGUAACUGCUGAACAUUCCACCACAGACAUGCAUGUAGAACUCACUCAGUGUGAUGUCAUUGCAGAGUAUCAAUAACUUACUAUACUAGAUCAUUACUAGUACACAAGUCAGGGGGACUCAGUGCUUAAGAGCUGCUUGAGACCAAAACGUUUGGGAGCCACUUAAAGACGAGCACAUGCCUUAAACUAGCAGCUUGUUACAAAUGAGGAUUCAAAUUAAAGCCAGAAUGUGGAUCUCAUAGGAAUAAAAGACAUGAAUGCUCUUUAAUAUGAGCAGUGUGAAUGUGAUGCUCCAUAUGCUCUGCUACACUGUUCUAAUGGGAUGAAAUGUUUCACAGUGGGGCUUUAACCCUGUUCUAAUGGGAUGAAAUGUUCCACAGUGGAGCUUUAAUGUAUUUUCCUCCUGAAAAGCAUCCCUGGAGUUGUGUUUUGGAGAUUUAUGCGGUCUCCCUCUGCACAGCUCACAUACAUGCUGGUAUGCUCCUGCUCCACUCUCAUUGGUGGGAUUCUGAUGAUGUCAUACUCCUCUCCCUACUCAUUACCCUGUACUUUACUUUGAAAUAUCCGAAAGGUAAAUCCACAAAUGUUGAACCUGAUCAUUUCUUGUGUUACAACACAAACCUUUGAGAAUGUUGUGAUGUCAUAUGAAACACAAUUUUGUUUCAAAAACAAAAUAAAAUUUGAAAAUUUGAUUUCAUUGACAUAAACAAAAAAACAUUGAACCAGUGCCAUUUAACUCAAUGAUAGUCCAAGUUCUUCUUCCAUAGUCUUCCAUCUGCUCCAAACAACAUAACAGUACUUUCAAAUUUCACUUAAUGCCCCUAGUCCUGUGGAUGAGUAACUGUUGUCUAAGUUACUCCCAGUGAAGAGUACUUUGAAAAUACAUUUAUUUGCAGAAUACUGAAUACCUGAAUUAAAAUGUAUUUUGUAAUGUGUCUGAUACAUGGUCCAAUCAGAGCACUGUGUUCUGAAUAUUCUUAAUACUUUUACAGAGUUACAAAGAGUUAUUUUCCUUGCACUAUUUGUUAUGCAUUAAUUACACACGCACACACACGCACACACGCACACACACACACACACUGCAGGAGGGCUGUUUUAUUGAAUGGUGAUAUUUCUCUGGCGUCUGAAUGUAACUGCUCAUGUACUAAAGUUUGUCUAAAUGAGAUCAAACUACUGAAAAUGUUUUAAUAAAAGAGUAUUCUUUU